UAUGUCCCCACAGUCCCGGCCCGGGCUAACUCUGUGCUCUCGUUGCAGUGGAAGAGCAGGUGGCUGGUGCUGCGCAAGCCCUCGCCCGUGGCAGAUUGCUUACUCAUGUUGGUGUACAAGGAUAAAUCUGAGAGAGUGAAAGGGCAUAAGGAGAGGAGUAGUGUGACCUUGGAGGACAUCUGUGGCCUGGAUCCUGGGCUUUCCUAUGAGGGCUUGAAUCACACACUUGCCAUCAUCUGUCUGUCUCAAGUUGUGAUGCUGGGAUUUGAAAAUAAGGAAACUAUGUAUGCAUGGGAUGUCCGGAUCCGCUACAGUUUGGGAGAAGUUCACAGGUUUCAUGUUUCUGUAGCCCCUGGAACUAAACUGGAGAGUGGACCUGCUACCCUGCACUUCUGCAAUGACAUUCUAGUCCUUGUAAAAGACGUUCCACCCACAGUCAUGGGACAGUGGAAACUCUCAGACCUGCGCCGAUAUGGAGCUGUUCCUAAUGGAUUCAUCUUUGAAGGGGGCACCAGGUGUGGCUUUUGGGCUGGUGUUUUUUUCCUUUCUUGUGCUGAAGGGGAGCAGAUCAGCUUUCUGUUCGACUGUAUCGUUCGUGGCAUCUCCCCGACGAAAGGCCCUUUUGGGUUGCGUCCAGUCCUACCAGACCCAAGCACAAGUCCAACCUAUUCAGAAGAGAAAUUGGUCCAUGAAGCAUUGCAGUUAGAGAAACGCCUGAGCUUACUAUCCCAUACAAGUCGUCAGGGCAGCGGAGGAGAUGACAGAAGUCUGUCGAGUUCCUCUUCAGAUACUAGUCACUCGGACGUUAGUGUUGGGAGCAGGUUAACAAUUUGGCCUGAACAGUCAUCAGCCAGCACUUCUCAAGAGAGUCAUGGAUUGGGAGCAGCAAAAGGCAUUCAUCUGGGGGAAGAAAAAGCCCAUGCAGAAGGGGCACGUGGCACUGCCAAACCACCUCCUAAGCCUCUUCGGUCCAGACAGCUGCAGGAAAUAGGUCGUCAGAGUUCCUCUGACAGUGGGAUAGCUACGGGUAGCCACUCUUCUUACUCUGGAAGUUUCUCUUCCUAUGCUGGAAGCCUGGAUAUUUGCCAUGGUGAGGAGUUUGGAUCGUUGCUAAGCCUACCAUUGACCCUUCCUUCAGAUCAAAAUUUAUGUACUUGCCCUCAUGGUGAGCCCCAGAGGAGUGCAGGCUCAGAGUAUCAGGUUCCCAGCUCUCUCAGACAUAUUUAUGACACACCCAGGAGUUUAUUACAGGCAGCUGCUAAAGAUGUGCAACGCAAGAGUGCAGAUUCCACAUUACCCAAGGACCAGGCCCAGGCACCCCAAGGCAUUAGUGACCCUAAACUGCUGGUACCGCACCUGGAAGCACAGAUGGCACCUGAGCAAAGCCAAGACCGGGGAAGGCAAGCAUCCUCACUCCCAGAAAGCACCAAGGACUCAAGUGAGGAGACAUAUGCGGAAUUUGUUUCCAGAUGGUCAGAUGUAAAACCACAAGGACAGGUGUCAGACUCGAAAGGUAGUGAGUUGGCACCACCUAGUGGAGUCCCAGCUGACCCCUGUGAAAUAUGUAGCCCCCACCCUGGGAUGACAAGAGCUCUCUUUUCAGCUUGUCCAAUCUGUGGUGGACUAAAGGUAAAUACCUAAUGCUGAGCAGAUGCUAACAAAGGUUUCUGUACCUUAUUUAACACUUUUCAUUUAAAUAACUAUAAGAAGUUGUGAAUUGCAGCCUGUCCUUUUUUUGAAUAAUAGCUUUUGUACUCUUUAUGGAUAAGUUAAGAAGUUCAGUACAUGGCUCACUAUUCUGUCUUUAAAAUCCAUGCCUGGAACAAGAAAACAUUUAAAGAGAUAGACGUUUGGGCAACCUUUUAAUAGGCCAUAUUCUCUCUUUGGAUGGACAUGAGUGGCUCACAUUUUCUUCAGUGGAAAUUUCAGAGGCACAUUGUGGAGUUGAAUUUGUCUGUAAUAACUAAGUACAAAGGAGACUGGUCUGCCUUGAUGUUGUUUUUUCUUUCUUUUAUUUUUUUUGAGAAGGGUGAAGGGAAGUUGAACAGGACAUGUUGUCCUUAGCUUUGAGCUGUAAUUUAAAAUUAUGUCUUUACCUUUACUAGUGGAUAUAUCUCCUGUGCUCAUGACUAGUUUGCAACCAUGUCUUGUGGCUGGAGAAGAGAGAGUGGCAGAGCUUCUCAGUGGAAGCCUAACAAAGGAACUCCUAUACAGAAUCAGACCUAGUCAGAGCUAGUCUAGCAUCCUGCCAUUAACAGUGGCCAGUACCAAAGGCUUUGGCAAGAUGCAAGGACCAGUUACAGGAAAACCUGCCCAUGGGGAAAGAUCUUUACUACCAGCCAGCAGAGACUGGCUUUGGACCUGAAAGAGGAGGAUUUACAUCCCUUCCCCAUACCAAGUUUAGUUCUUAAUAUUCACUGUCAGUUUUUUCAUCUGUAUAAUUGGCUAAUCUCUUUUUGAAACAAGUUAGGUUCUUAGCUUCAAAGAUAUCUUAUGGCAAAUAGCUUGCACAAGCUGUUUGUGCAUUGUAUAAAGGAAAUAUUUGCCCCUGCCAGUUUCAGAGAAGAUUUUCAUUGUUUUGACUGUAAUUGCUAAACUGGAAUGAGAGAAAUCUGUUCAUGUUCUGGAGGUGUUGGAAAAAACUUGAAAGGGAGAGAGAAUGUUCACCUUGGGGACAGUGGU